AGACAAAGUAUUUGGAUCCACAGAACCGAUAGGUAUAAUUGAAAUCACAUACAUUUCCAAGAAUCAUAAUCUACAAUGGGCUCUAUGCAAAAUUAUUCAGAGUAAAAACAGCAAACCACCAUUCGAUAUUACUUUUAAUCAGGAGGUACAGGCAGAGUUUCAUCAACCAAUAGAUGCGAGGACCCAACCUAUCUGUGAGGGGCAGAAGCAAAUGCCCCAGACUGCCGAAUAUGAAUUUGUGAGCUCGGCGCCAUCACAAGAUCAAAGUAAUAUCAUCGAGGUCGAUUCUGACCCAUUACAGCUUGAAGAGGAAGACUCAAUUAGUGGAAUAGACAAAGGAAUGCAUAAGAUGGACGUGUUGUUGAGUUCAAAAAGCCCAGUACUCGAUAACAGUUUUGACGUUUUUAUGGAGGGUCAGCAAAAAGUUCGAGUGCAGCCUGAUUCCAAUCUGAACACUAUUUGUGAAGAAGAGCCCGACACAGUACAUCAGUUGCAAUUCUUGAUGAGCUCACAAGGCUCGGAAGAAGGAGCUCAGGAUGAGAAUGAAAAUGAGAUAGACCAGAUACGCAAGGAGUUUAUGCAACAACGGCAGUUGCUUUGUGAAGCAAAACAUACAUUGAAAAGUACUACCAUAUCGUGCGGAAGUAAAACCAAUGUCAACGACGAAAUCCGGAAUGGUAACGCUGCCUUUAGUAGUGAUUGUGCCUUGUCAAAAGCAGCAGAAGCGAUUAGCGGUACUUACGAUAGGUCAUUGAAUCUGGGGAAUCGAUACGUGUCGGAGUCCGUCCAAGAUGCUACAGAGAACUCUUCUUCCUUCGUCGAACCUAAGAAUCCAGGAUCAAGUCUCGUUAUCAUAUUUUCAAAUCUUUUUGACUGGUCUGCGCUUAAAGUUAAUGAUAAAGUUGAGAUACAUGAGCCUUGUAGAAAAAUCGCGAUACCUGGCCUCAGUAUGGUAGCCUAUGGGUCCGCAGUGUGGAUUGCUGAGCGGUACAAAGUCAUAUCGAAUCAGCGCUGAGUAUGCACAUUUUACAGUUAUAUGUGAACCUCGCAUUCAUUAUUUCAUAAAAAUUUAUGAUACAUUCAUGCCCAACUUUUUGUCCUGUUGCUUCUACAUCUUAUUAUACUUGCAUUAACCGCCGUUGUCGAGCGUCCUCUGAAUUACUUUUGGAUGGUCUCUUUGCCAUCUUUCAUUUAAAACCGUGUCUGCACAAACGUGUCCAAGCAUUAGACCACUAUCAACAUCAUCCUUAGGAAAUUCUGGACUUGACAUCUAUUUU